AUGCAUUUCUCUGUCGCUAACAUUGUCACACAGUGCCGAAUCCCAAAAUGUGUUUAUAGAAGGGCUGUAGCCCCUUCACAUAGCGUAACAAAAAUGAAUAACAAACCCAUUCGGACAAAUCUCGCAGGGUUUUCUCUGAAACCCCCACGUUCCAACGAGUGUUACCUCCGAGCCUCGGAUGUACUUGAUAGUUACCAGUUUGAUGGCACCCGAGUGAUAGGUGUCCUGGUUCUGCGGUGCCUCUCGAAUUACAGGAUCCACCUCAUGCCUGAUAUCAGGUCGAGAUUGCCCAAUGUGAUUUUUCAAAUUCAAAUUGAGAAAUGUCUCUUGACCACAGACAGUUUGAACUCUCUUAGUCGGCGCGUAACGAUUGAUCAAAUGUCGUUUAUAAACUCAUAUCCGCUCGUGGAUCACAGGUACUGUGAUGGGUCUGGUGUAGCUAUAUCUGACUGCGGAUUGUGGAGUUCCACCACAGCCAUUAGUAUCAUUCUUCCAGAGGGUCUGAAGUCAAUCAAUAUCUCAAAAGUUUUCCAGUGCAAUGAAACCUUUCCAAACGUAAACGAAUUGCUUUUCCGGCGAUGGGAUUUAAAUCAACACCUUUCGUACCUUAGACAGAAGUUUCCGAACGUACAAGAUCUGCAGAUCUCCAAUUCGUACUUAAAGGCCUCCCCUUCCUUUCCAUGGAAUGACAAAAAAUUAAGAUUUCACUACAACAUGUCAUUAUCGGAGACAGCAUUGUAUGAUUCCGCAUCUAUCUUCCAUAUCAAUAUUGAACCAAAUAUGCAAAAACGAGCCCUGAAUUUGAAUUCUAAUGAUAUACAAGUACUGACCGGCUUCAGAUUUGAAGGACACUUGGACAUGCUAAAAUUAUCCCGUAAUGGUCUUAGGUCGAUCGGUACUUUUACUUUCUCUGGAUUACAUGGCCUCCAGCAUUUAGACCUCAGCGUGAAUCUUUUGGCAGACAUUCCACGCAAUGUUUUCCGUGGUCUUACAAGUCUCAGACACAUAAAUUUACAUGCCAAUCUCCUCUCUGUGAUUCCAGAUGAUAUGUUUUAUGAUAACACGGACCUUGUCUAUCUCGAUCUUUCAAACAACAGCAUAACAAUUAUUGGGACCAACGCCUUCUCUAAACUGCAUCACCUGGAAGAACUCAGAUUGGAAUAUAAUCGUAUUGUAACCAUCAGUUAUUCCAUGCUUCCUGCAUUCUCUGUGUCUUUUAAGUCCUUAGUACUUGAUGGAAAUCCGCUGAGAGAAUUACCAGAGGCCAUAUUUUACUUCAAAACAUUGUACGAUGUAAGCUUGAGAAAUACAAAGAUCAAUUUUGAAAACUUGACAAAGGUAGUGCUUGAUUUAGAUUUUUCUCUACUGGCAGAAGGGAAUUCUCAAGGCUUGACCGUUACAGAGACGGACUUGAUUCGCAUAUCACCCCGGAAGUUAAAGAGGAUCGACCUCACUGGUAGUGAUAUAAACAAUCUUCAUUUGAAAUAUUUCGGAACUGACAUGACUACUGUGCUAAAUUCUAGGAUACUGAAGCUAAAACUACUCAUCCUUUUGAAAUAUUUUCAGAUUAUUCUCAAUGAUAACCCAAUUACUUGUGACUGCCGAAUUAAUCACUUAUCUAGAUUUGUCAAAAGAAUGUUGGCAGAAGGACUUCUUCGGGGAAAUGAAUAUUUCUUCAAUGACUGGAAAUGUGCUUCUCCAAGGGAACUAAAAUACAAACCUGUAUUACAAGUUCCGGAAACGGAAACCUACUGUGUGAAAGACGUACAUGACUGUCCGGCGGCAUGCACGUGCUACGAGCGGUCCGUCAGUGGCGUCACUAUUGUCGAUUGUCGAAAUGUCGGGUUGAAAGAACUUCCGAAACAACUUCCAAGGGGAGUAUUGGAUUUGUGGUUUCAGCACAACAAUAUAACAAAUAUCACACGAACAUCCUAUCUUCCGAGGACGCGGCAGUUGUUAUUGACUGGAAAUAAGAAUAUCAAAAUUAACACUAGAGAACUCCAGAACCUCGACAUACUUAAGAUCACUAUUUAAGAGUUCGAAAAGAAAACCUUAUACAAUUUUAUGAAUUGUCAUAAACGGGUAAUACUAAUUUUAUUGUUAUUAUUUUUAUUCUUUCGACAUACAGCGAUAUAUUUAUGAUAUUAUUUGUAGGUCUGACAGAUAGUAUAGAUGAAUGAAUACUCAUUGAAACCUCUAUCACUUCCUGUAUGAGUGAAAUAUUUUUAACUGUAUUAUCAAGUAUGGUUGUUAUAUCAGUGUGUUUGCGUGAUAUAUCAAUAUGUUAGUAUGAUAUAUAAAUGUGCUUUUAUGAUAUAUUGAUAUGAUUGUAUGAUUCAUGAAUGUCUUUGAUAUACAUGUAAACGCACCAAUGUAUUUGAAUGAU